AUGCGCGACGCGCUGAUCCGGCUGCAGGGCAGCGAGUCACGCCGCUGGGGCCGCGCGGAACUGGAAGCCGUCAUCGAGCUGUCGAUGGCGGCGCAAGUGCAGUCCCGCGACGCCCAGAAAGAUGCGCGCGACUGGCUCGAGGCCGCCACGAUGCAGGUCCGGGCGCAAGGGCUCCAGCCGCGUGACCUGGCCAUCGAGCUGAUGGCCCUGCACGCGAUGGACGAUGCACUGCUCGGGCGGCGCGCGACCGCCGAGCGCCUGCUCGACGAAGCGGGCCAGUUGCUGCCCACACUGCAGGACCCUGCCCAAGCCUGGACCUACUUCUACGCCAAAGGCGUACUGGCUCUCGUGAGGGGUGACGGCGCGCAGGCCACGCGGCACUUCGACGAAGCGCUGGACCGUUCCACCCACGACAUGCACCGCGGCCUGAUGCUGACCUGGAAGGCCCUGGCCUUGAGGCGGCUGGCCAAUCCGGUUCGCAACAUGGUGCAGACCUCCCUCGGCCUGCUGGAUGAAGCCGACCGUCUGCUGCCGCAGGCGCCGGCGUCGAGCCUGCGCUUGUUCGAGCGCUACACGAGACUCCAGACGAUCGUGCUGCUGGGCGACUUCACGCAGGCGCAUGCGCUGAACCUGCAGAUCGGCAAGAUCACCGAGGCCCUGUCGAGCCAGGGCUAUCUGCAUGCAGAAGCCCUGAUCGGUGUCAUUCCAGCGCAGUUCCGGCGCGAGGAGGCCACGCUGGCCGAGCGGCUGCAGUUCGAGAGGAUCGUGCUGCUCUGGAGCGUGGGCAUCAUCGGCUCACUCAGCUGCGUGGCGCUGACCGUGAUGGCGCUGCGCGUGCGUCAGCGGCGGCGACUGCGGGUACUCUCGACCCAGCUCCAGACCAGCAACAGCGAGCUUCAGGACCUCGCCCGCACGCGCGCCCGAUUGCUGGCGGCGGCCUGCCAUGACCUGCGGCAGCCGGCCCACGCGCUGGGCUUGUCCGCCGAACUGGCGAUGCUUGCCGGCGCACGCAGCGGUGGCCCGCAAGACCAGGAGGAGGUGCGACUGCGACUGCGCGACAUCCGCCGCAACAGCAUCACCUUGACCGACAUGCUCGGCGAGCUGAUGGACCAGACCCGGCUGGCGGGCGGCAGCUACGAGCCGGACGUCGGCCCCCUGGCACUGGGCGAGCUGCUCGAUGAGGUUCGCCUGCAGUUCAGCGAUGUGGCCCGCCGCAAGGGCCUGGCCUUCGUGGUCGAGGACACGGCGGCCAGCGUCAUCAGCGACCGCCACCUGCUGCGACGCAUCUGCUUCAACGUGGUGAGCAACGCCGUCAAGUACACGCAGCGGGGGCAGGUCACCGUCAAGGCGGUCGACGUCGCACCGCAUCACGUCAGGCUCAUCGUCCAGGACACCGGGCCGGGCAUCGACGCACAGGAACUGCCUCAGGUGUUCGGGGACUAUGUGCGACUGGAAGCCGGCAAGGCGCAGGAGGGCCUCGGCAUCGGCCUGUCGGUCGUCAAGCGGGCGGCUGAACUGCUCGGCCACCCGCUCGAGUUUCAAUCGACCCCGGAUACCGGCACGACCGUGACCGUCCUGCUCGAACGCGGCCAGGCCGAAACCGCACCGCAGGCACCCGACGGGGCGACGGGGCUGCCCGGCCGCGGGCAGACGGUCGCCGUGCUGGAGGACGACGCCGAAUCCCGCCAGGCCCUGACCGCCCUGUUGCGGCAAUGGGGCUUCGAGGUCGUGACGGCGGUCAGCGCGGCCGACCUGGCCGAAUGCCUGAAGCCGCGCGGCAACACCCCACCGGACCUCUUGCUCACCGACCUUCACCUGGGGAUGCUGGACGGCCUGGAGCAGGCCCAGAUCAUCCGCGCCUGGCCGGGCUUCGAGCGGCUGCCCACCUUGCUCAUCACCGGCGAUCUCGCCCCCGAAAACACCAGUCGCGCCCAAGCACUGGGCAUCCCGGUGGGACACAAGCCCAUCAUCCCGCGGCGAUUGCUGGCGCUCGUUCAAGGCAUGCUCGCCGCGGAGGCCCGCGAGACUGACUCCUCCUGA